AUGCCCUUCUGUUUAUCAACGGACAUUUCAGCACCAAUAGAAUUUUUGGACUUUUCGGCGGGCCGUGCUUCACCAUUUGCAUGUUUCAUACAAGACCAGCGCACAACAAGUUUCAUAAAACAGCACUCAACUGAAUUUGCCGGAGGUAACAAGCAGCGACUAACAACCAGAUCACACCGGCGAUACGUCGCAAACAUCCGAGAACGAAGACGUAUGAAAAUGAUAAACACCGCCUUUGAUGGGCUACGUGCGCGUCUACCACCAGGUUGGCUUAGCGAAAUUUCCUCGCGCCCAAACAGUAUACAGCAAGCUUUAUCUCCUGACAGCAUAUAUGAAGAUGAUCUAGCCCUAUCCGAUUGGUCAGAUCGGAAGUCGAAGUCACCUAAUACUGGCAGCGCAAAAGUGGAUAUUUUGCGAGGAGCUAUUGCCUACAUAAAUGCUCUCCACAGGCUUCUUGCUGGUGUGAAUCAACAUUUGAACCUUAGCAGCCGUUAUCUGCCUUCAGAAGAAUCUCAAGGUAGAAUCAUGGGCAUUGAGGAACCCAUCUUGCGGAGGCAUACCUGUGAACUUCAUCCAGCCUGUGAAGUGCUGAAUGAAGAUGGCAGGAAAUGUGCUGGUAUAUCGGGAUCCGCAAAGGCCUGUGCACCAUGUAGACUAGGAAUCCGACUGAUUGCCGAUGAUUAUCCAAGUGUGAACUGUCAGCUGAUCAGUUCUGCCAGCUUCUCCUUACGUACUUCAGUCAGGUCUUGGUGUGAUGGAUUACUCACUUGCACGAUCAACAACUGCUACAUGAAUAUUACUUCGUUGAUCUACAAGGCCCUAGACUCGUAA